UUUCUCAUUCCCACACCAUGCCUGAUUUUCAACAUGCAGCAGAUGACAAAAAAUGUCUAUACCGCUACGAUUCCGGCGUUAUCCAGCUGAACAUGGAACGCCUAGGGCAGAACUCCAGGAGCAAAGCGCCCUGGGCUGUUCUAACCACCAAUCGACCGACAGUGGAGAAAAUGCUCAACAACACCCGACACUUAUUAGGAGUCAAAUUACCUGUGCUUUACACCCUACGCUGUCCGGAAAUGCGGGGCUCCAGUGGACGUUGAAUCGAUUACGAAUGGAGUAUACUAAAGGCGUGGAGAUUGUAUCUCCCGAAAGCCAAUUUUGCAUCAGCUCUGCUAUAAUCUUCUGCAAUCUUCCACACCUUUAUCCAACUGCCAGGGGCAGCAGCUCCGCAGAACUCAAGAUAUCAUGGGGUGCAUACGACGCGAUUAUUACACUCAUACAAACGCAUUUCCGCUACUGCAAGGAUAUCAUGCUUGUGCUGUGGGCCGAUCCAAAUAUAAGCUUUUCUAAGCGCGACGCAGAGCAAGGACGCGAUGCUAUGGUGGCUCAGCUUGAGAAAGUGCUUUACCGGGCGGAUGAGCUCUAUCGCACUCUUGCGCAACAGGGGUGAUGAGUUUUCGAUCUUUCCAUCUCCAAGACCGUUCGAGUUGUGUCUGGCCCGAGCCAAGGAGACUGGUGGGGUAUUUGAAGAGGGCGACUGGGAUCGAAACCGGGGUGCUGAGAGCCGUGUCUGGCGCAGUGUUGAACCAAAUACAUUCAAGAGUGAGUCAUCGAGCAGCACUGGCAUGGAUGGGAACCAGGCUAUUGGAUUCGAACAAGCUUUUUCGAUUGGUUUGAAAGGAAGGAUAUGCAGUUUGUUUGAGAUGAGAGUAGUGGUAGGUGCCUAGCAUGUAUGCUAGCAAGACAAGGGAAAGCAACUGGAAUCUUGAUAUUGACUUUGUAAAGGUGACCCUAGGACUAAUGAAUUGAUCGCAG